ACAGUGUGAGUGUGGUGAGGAGAUUAAGAACAGCUUUAGGGCCAUGUCCGCCAAGAACAUUUACUACUCGGACAAGUACGAUGAUGAGCUGUAUGAGUACCGGCAUGUCAUGUUACCCAAGGAUAUUGCAAAGCAGGUGCCCAAAACUCACCUCAUGUCUGAAACUGAAUGGAGGAACCUGGGGGUGCAGCAGAGUCAGGGCUGGGUACACUACAUGAUCCACGAGCCAGAACCACAUAUCUUGCUGUUCCGAAGGUCCCUGCCAAUCAAGAAUCCUUAGUGGCGCCCCCUUGUGUACAUUACUGUCUCCUGACUGCAAGCACCUUCCCGGCUGUGCCGUUCCUCUGGUUCCUCUCCGGCUGUCCCACUCAUAUCAUGCACCGAGACCCCAGCAAGGCCCCCCACUGAUGCCAAUGUGACUGUAUUUAUGUUCCCACUGUGUGGGGGCCGGACAAGAAGUGGCCCUUAACUGUGGCCCUGUGGCAGGGCCCGUCCUGUUUCUAUUUACAUGUUGUGUAUGUCCCUCUAUGACGCUGCAACUUGUUGCUACAUGGGUUUAGCACUCGCAUGAAUAAAUUGACUC